AUGAAGGCGAUAUCCCUCCUUGCGCCCUUGGCAGCGACUCUGUUCAUGGCUGGGAGCGCAAGCUGCCUCUCUGCUCCUACUCCAGGAGGAAACGCGACAACCUGCGACUCGAACCUCUGCACCUGGUGGCAUGACUCUGGUGAAAUCAACACUCAGACACGAGUCGAGCCCAGCAAUGUCCGCCAGUCUCGUCGUUAUCUUGUUCAGGUCCGCCCUGCUGGGAGCCAGGAAGCCUUUCGCCCGUCCUUCGUCUACGAGGCAAUUCCCAGAAAUGGCAAUGGGAGAAUCCACUCUCCCUGGGACUACGGGAACGGGGAUGAUACUCUGGGUACAAACGUGGAUGAUGGAGUCAGCAUCGAACCUGAGGUUGGCAUCAACAUGGCCUGGUCCCAGUUCGAAUACGCCCAGGACGUGGAAGUGAAGAUCCUCCGUAGGGAUGGCCAGAGCCUAGGCGGUGCGUCCAAUGUCAAGAUCCGUCCGACCUCCACCAGUUACUCUGUGUCCUCCAACGAUGGAGGGAUCAUCAUUCGCGUGCCAAAGGAUGACCGGGGUCGCCGGUUCUCUGUCGAGUUCAACGACGAUCUUUACACCUACCGCUCCGAUGGCCAGAACUACGUCCAUUCCGGCGGCGAUAUUGUCUCCGUCGAGCCUAAGAAUGGGCUUAUCAUUUUCGCCAGUGCGUUUUUACCUGCCGACAUGGUCCCUACUAUGAAUUCGGACAACACGAAGACCAUGACCCCUGGCCCUAUUAACGCUGGCGACUGGGGGGAUAAGCCAAUCCUAUAUUUCCCACCAGGUGUCUACUGGAUGAACUCCAACCCGCAAGGUGACAAGCCCAAGUACGGAGAGAACCAUAUCAAGCUCCACCCUAACACCUACUGGGUGCAUCUCGCCCCAGGUGCCUACGUUAAAGGUGCAGUUCAGUACACUACGUCGAAUAGCAACUUCUAUGCCACUGGCCAUGGCGUCCUCUCCGGUGAGCAUUAUGUCUACCAAGCCAAUCCCGCGACCUACUAUCAGGCAGUGAAGAGCGACCAGACAAGUCUACGGCUAUGGUACCACGAAAACGUCGGUAGGCAGACGUGGCAUUGUGUUGGCCCGACUAUCAAUGCUCCCCCGUUUAACACUAUGGAUCUCCACGGUAACAGCUACGAUGCUAGCGUUCGCAUCUCCGAUUAUAAGCAGGUUGGUGCCUUCUUCUUCCAGACCGACGGGCCCCAGAUGUACCCUAAUAGCGUGGUUUCGGAUGUCUUCUACCACGCCAACGACGAUGGUAUCAAAGCCUACUAUUCCGGUGUCACUGCUAAGCGCCUUAUUAUCUGGAAGGUCCACAAUGACCCUAUUAUUCAGAUGGGCUGGGACUCUCGCCAGGUCAGCGGCGUUAACAUUGAUGGGCUCGAUAUCAUCCACACAAGGUACCGGCGCUCCGAAACAGUUGUGCCCUCGUCGAUCAUCGGUGCUUCUCCGUUCUAUAUGGACGGGAAAACUCCGGAUCACAGCAAGUUCAUCAGCAUGACAGUCCAAAACAUUGUUUGCGAAGGCCCCUGCCCAGCUCUCUUCCGCAUUCAGGCGCUGCAGAACUAUAAAGACUUUGUCGUCAGGAAUGUUGCGUACCCCGAUGGCUUGAUCACUGGCAGCUUCGGCCUCGGAGAGAGCAUCAUCCCCGCGGUGCCAGGCAUGACGAUGGAGCUUGACGUCACAAACUGGACGAUCAGGGGCGAGAAAGUCACCAUGUCAAACUUCCAGUCGGACAGCCUGGGCCAGAUGAACAUUGCUGCGCAAUAUUGGGGGCAGUGGUCUAUUCAGUGA